CUUCGCCUUCGAUUCCUCCCCUUCCUCCCGAUUUGCUCCGCAUCCUCGUCGGCGGCCUCAGCGAAGGCGAACGGGACGCCUAUUUGCUUCGCCUCCUCGCCGGCGGCGGCCCCGGCGGCGGCGAACGGGGCGCAACCAGGGACACCUACUGGUGCCGUACUGCCGUGUUUUGUUGGUACAGUAAAAUCAGUUACUCCAUGUAAAACAAAAAGCCUUGGACUGAAAGCAAAUUCAGGCUUCGGAGUACUGGUUUUGUUUCAAGCUAAGGAUAGUGGGGCAGGGCAAGUAGAGUCAUGGGUAAGAUUGAGCACGGCAAUCUGCUGGUAUCGCUUGACGAAGGACACAGGCAUGGUUAUAGUCUUACGGCUGUUGCUGUUGGACUUGGGAUAGGAAUUGCUGGGCUGUGCAAAGCGCUGCAUAGCAGCUUGGUCAUACCGUGGAUUCUUCGGAAGCUCUUUUCGGAAUCAGAGAGAGUAUACUACACUGCAGGCCUAAGAAAUCUUGGCAAUAACUGCUUUCUGAAUGUUAUCCUGCAGGCACUUGCCAGUUGCGACCAUUUUGUGUCCUCUCUAGAUGAUUUGCUUGGAAGCGAUGAUGUGCUACCUGAGGACCAGUCUGAAAGAAUGCCUCUUAUCUUUGCUUUAAGUUCCCUUUUAGAAGACUUGAGCACAGUUCGGGAUGAAAGAAUUGUAUUGAAUCCCCAGAGUGUGAUGCAUGCUUUGAGAUUCUAUGUUAGUCACUUCAAUUUGACAAGACAGCAGGAUGCUUCAGAAGCUUUUGGUCAUCUUUUGACAUCAGUGAGGGAUGAAUUUUCCCACUGCUAUGUACCAUAUAAGAGCUCUCUUGCAGACAUUACCAUGUUUCACUCCAAAGUGUACAAGCAAAGGGAAGGUAACCAAUCCGAAUGCGAGCGCUGGAAACAAAACAUAUUUGGUCCAUUUGAUGGGACUAUUGGCAGCACAUUAUCUUGCAGAAAUUGUUCAUCUGUGCUGUCCUUGGACUUCGAGAAUUUUCAUUGCUUGCCUCUCUCACCUGUACCUGACAUAAAUGGAGAUAUUAUCAGUGGUUGUAGUUUGGUUGAUUGCCUGAAGCACUUCACUGUGUUGGAGCAACUUGACCAUUACCGCUGUGACCAUUGUUGGCAUAAUGCUGCUGCCAAAUAUUUCUCUCUUAAAUCAGAAGUCGACGAGGAAAAGGUUAACAAACUGCGCACCUGUGUUGAUUAUGACAGUUGCGACUGCAAGCAGUUAUUUGGUCCAGAUAAAUCAACAUGGUCAGUAUCUUCGAAAGCAACAAAGCAGUUGGCUAUCACUCGCUGUCCGAAGAUCCUGUGUAUUCAUUUGCUACGUGCUUCAGUUAGUCUAUCUGGUGAACUUGUAAAGCGUCAGGGACACAUUUCGUUUCCCUUACUUCUGGAUCUAAGUCCAUUUGCAGGAGGAACAUUCAGCACAGGACAGGGACCUGGACCUUCAGCUAUGAACAAGCAAAUAUAUGACCUGCCGUCUCUGCAUCUCUAUCAGCAACUAAAUGCGCAGAUGCCUAUUAAUACGUUUCCUACCGGUGGGAACUCAUCGAGUCAGCCGCGUAAGGAUGAAGUGUCAAAUGGCGGUGGCUGCUCACUUUACAAGGGAAAUGCUGGUGUGGCUACGAGUACUUCGUCAUCGUGGUCAACAUCAUUCUCCACAAAGGAGUUAUACACACUCUCAGCUGUGGUUGAGCACUACGGUAUAUGCGGAGGUGGGCAUUAUGCAGCAUACAGGAGAGUAGCAUCAAAUCCUGAUGCCAAUGAUCCAGUGCGACCUCGUGGCAAGCACUGGGUUUACAUCUCAGACGAUCACGUAUCACAAGUGUCAGAGGUCGAUGUUUUGGCUGCGGAAGCCACCCUCCUUUUCUACGAAAGACUGUAGCAGCAGCCUGUUGAGUAGGAUUCAGAUAAGUUGUACGUUUUUUUUUGGAGAAACUUUGUGCAGUAGCUUUCAAGAUUCAGGAUUUCUAUUUUAGAAAAAUAAUCUACGAUCAUCUGGGUCUUGUUUUUGGAUCUUACAAGCGGAAGUUUUGUUGGUGAUGAA